AUGGAGGAAACGGUGUGGUUUUCUCCUGGAGCUGUACACACCAGGGCUGCGCUCAUGGAGGAAACGGUGUGGUUUUCUCCUGGAGCUGUACACACCAGGGCUGCGCUCAUGGAGGAAACGGUGUGGUUUUCUCCUGGAGCUGUACACACCAGGGCUGCGCUCAUGGAGGAAACGGUGUGGUUUUCUCCUGGAGCUGUACACACCAGGGCUGCGCUCAUGGAGGAAACGAUUCUGGAUGUGUUUUCCCCCUUCCUAGACAAGGCCCCUCUGUCGAAGAGUCUCUUGCUGGUCCCCAGUGCCCUGUCCCUUCUGCUGGCUCUCUUGCUGCCCCACUGCCAGAAGUUCUUCGCAUAUGACCUCCAUGCCGUCAAGAACGACUUCCAGAUUUGGAGGCUGGUAUGCGGAAGAAUAAUUUGCCUUGACUUGAAAGAUACUUUUUGCAGUAGUCUUCUUAUUUAUAACUUCAGAAUAUUUGAAAGAAGAUACGGGAGCAGGAAGUUUGCAUCCUUCUUGCUGGGCUCCUGGGUCUUGUCAGCCUUGUUUGACCUCAUCCUUGUGGAAGCUGUGCAGUAUUCGUUUGGCAUCACUGUGGCCAGUAAUUUGCCUUCUGGAUUCUUGGCGCCAGUGUUUGCUCUCUUUGUACCAUUUUACUGCUCCAUUCCAAGAGUCCAAGUGGCACAAAUUCUGGGCCCGUUGUCCAUCACAAACAAGACGUUGAUUUAUAUAUUGGGACUUCAGCUUUUCACCUCUGGUUCCUACAUCUGGAUUGUAGCCAUAAGUGGACUUAUCUCCGGCGUGUGCUAUGACCGCAAAGUGUUCCAGGUUCACCAGGUGCUUCGCGUCCCUGGCCUGGUGGCCCAGUUCUUCUCCUGGGCCCUUGAGCCUAUAUUCUCAUCUUCAGAACCUGCCAGCGAGGUCAGGGUUGGGAUGGGAGCCACAGUGGACAUCCAGAGGCAGCAGAGGAUGGAACAGCUGGACCGGCAGCUGAUGCUCUCUCAAUUUGCCCAAGUGAGGCGGCAGAGGCAGCAGCAGGGAGGAAUGAUCAAUUGGAAUCGGCUUUUCCCCCCUUUACGUCAGCGACGAAAUAUCAACUAUCAAGAUGGUCCUCGGUCUGAAGAGCGAGUGUCCCCUCCCCUGCAAGUUUCUGAGGAGCAGGUUGCCCGGCUCAUGGAGAUGGGAUUUUCCAGAGGGGAUGCCUUGGAGGCCCUGAGGGCCUCAAACAAUGACCUCAAUGUGGCCACCAACUUCCUGCUGCAGCACUGACAUUCAGCACAGCUGUUGAAUGACAGUGGUGUGUCCCCGCCACCACAGCAGCCUGAGGACCACGCAGACUCCAGUCCAGGUGGUCUCAAGAAGAAAGGUGGUCCCCACCCUACACUGUCCUUAACUCCAAGAUGGUUACCAUUGUAGUAUCAGAUAAGUUUGCCAUUAAAUUAGCAUGUAUUUUCUAUCUUUAUUUUUUUACUGGGCCUUUCUCAGUUUGGAGAAGCGUCGUUCCUAACAUGUUCACAUGCAUGACAGUUGCGAGUUUCUGUGGCAGUUUUAUAGCACGCAGAAGGGGACAACUGUCAUGAUGCUUGUGUGGAGCAGGCUGCUUGUCCUCUUCUCAGUAGAGGGGGACAGGUCAUGUGACCUCAGACAGGACGUGUUUCACUAUUCUGUGUGGACUAUUGUUUCCCUUACAUUCGUGCUCACAUCCCAGUGGCUGUUCUGCGCACACUGCCAGGCCUCUGUGAGGGAAGAAGCAGGAGACAAGCCCCCUCCAGCCUAGGGACUCUAUUACAACUCCUCCCUGCUUUCAAUAUAGAUAACCAGCCAGUGCCAACUUGAGGCUCUGGAACGCUGCCUAGUACUUAAGUGGGGUUCACUUUGCUCAGAAUGCCCUACUGUAGCCACUCAGGCUGAGGGGUGAGAUGAGCGAAGAGAACAGCUGCUUUCUAGAGCCUUGUGGGGCCUAUGCAGAGAGCACAGGGCUGGCUGGCUGGCAUGAUCCUUGGAAUUCAUCCACUAUACCUAGCAUUUUUACAUGGGUGUUGGGGUACUGGGGGAGCCCCAGAAGAGAAGAGAAGAGAAGAGAAGACGAGAGCCACUCACCCUGGCCUGCCCCACUUGGGCUAACAUGGGCUAACAUACUGGCUCUUAGCACAUACCACUUGGGCUAACAUGGGCUAACAUGCUGGCCCUUAGCACACACCAAAUGGGCUAACAUGCUGGCCCUUAGCACACACCACUUGGGCUAACAUGCUGGCUCUUAGCACACACCACUUGGGCUAACAUGCUGCCUCUUAGCAUACACCACUAGCUCUUCUGGCAGCAGAUUCUCCCGGGCCCCAUCCUUGCCCCCUUGUAGGGGUGAGGCAAUACCCACUGUGGGACACAGUCAGGGAGGGUUAGGCAGGAGGCAGCCUACUGUGAGCAAGAACAGUUCUAGGAGUCAAUUGUCCUAUAAGCAAACUGCCCUGGGUGUGUCUGUGUGCGCUCUGCAAAAUGAGCAGCAAUUUGUCAAAUUGAUGCAAAUUUAGGUGUGUGAUACAAUAAAGUUUUUAUGUGUUUUA